AUGAGCUCGGAGUACUCCUACGACGAAGAGCGGACCGCGCAAAGGCGCAAACUGCGGAAAUCUCUGAGCGAGAAAGAAAUCAAAUCGAAAUACAAGAAGCUCUCCCUCAAAUUCCACCCCGACAAACUGAAGCCCGAUGCGUCCAAGAACGAGACGAUUGAAAGCCUGAGUGCGAGAUAUGUCGAGAUUACCAAGGCCUACCAAGCUCUCACCGAUGAGGAGAUCCGCAACAACUACAUUCAGUAUGGCCAUCCUGACGGAAAGCAGAGCUUUAGCAUCGGCAUCGCCCUGCCCAAGUUUAUUGUCACCGACGGUAACGGCAAAUACGUUGUACUUCUAUAUGCGCUUCUCCUAGGCGUUCUUCUCCCAUACUUGGUUGGAAGCUGGUGGUACGGAACGCAGCGAGUGUCCAAGGAGGGUAUCCUGAUGGAGAGCGCCAACAACCUCUUCAGAGAGUACAAGGAAGAUCUCGAUGAUAGCGGUAUUGUGACCGCGCUGAGCACGGCUAAGGAAUAUAAGAAGCUUCUUGGCACGGAUAAGACAGACAAGGAUCUUGCGUCGAUUGAGUCCAAGAUUGCGGACCUCAUCCCCCAAGAAAAGGCUAAGCUUGAAGAGCUUGAUGACUCGGUCAGGAGGAAGGCUCUUGCCUUGCUCUGGGCUUAUCUGGGCCGUGUGGAUCUUGGCAGCAGCGCGCUCAACCGUGCCAAAAUCCAAGUUGGUCCCAUUGCUCAAAGCCUCAUCAAAUCCUUCACCACAAUCUCUCGCCUACGGCAACACGGCCCCGAUCAUGGGUUCCUCCCAUUCAUCACCCCCGAGAUCAUCAAGGCGGUAGACGGUGACAGCAAGGUACACGUUACCGUGCAGCAGUUUAUGGAUCUCUCCGAUAGCCAACGCCGCCAGCUUGUUGUGGGCAAAGACCUCCUUACCGAAGAGCAGUACGCGACAGUGCCCGGUGAACGUUUCAUCACGCCGUCCUCCCUUGUCAGCUUCGUUGUCAAGGGACGCAUCAUCCCUCCUGGUAGCGAAAAGAUUCCUCAGGUCAACUCCCUUGAUCUCGAGGAUGUUGACCCAGCCGAAGACGACUUGGAAGCCAUCACCGGGCGUAAGAAGAAGGUCAAGGGUGCGGACGGAAAGUGGACCGCGGUAGAAGAGAAGAAGGUGAACCCUACUCUGGCGACAGCACCCUAUUUUGCGCGCGACCAUUCUCCGAAUUGGCACGUCUUCUUGACGGAUGCCAAGUCGGGCAAGAUUGCGGUACCACCGUUCCUAUUUUCUCAGUUUGACGAACCUAUCUUCGAUGCCUCGGGCAAGCCCACGUUCAAUAUGCAGACCUUUAAGGCGCAAUUCGCCGCGCCUCCUCAGCCAGGCCAUUAUACCUUUGCUAUGCAACUGAUCUGCGAUAGCUAUGUUGGCCUCGACACUAAGAUGGAGGUGACGCUUGUCGUAGAGGAUGCAAGCAAGGCGGUAGAUAUGGUAGCGGAAGACGAGAUUAGCGAGCCGGAAGAAGAUUCUCUCGCUGGUCAGAUGAGCGCCCUCAGGGGCGACCCUGUCGCUAGCGGCAAGGUGAAGCGAGCUGAGGACUCGGACGAUGAGAGUGGCACAGACGACGAAGAAGAGGAUGACACGAGUGACACGAAUACCGACACGGAAGAUGAGUCAUAA